GCAAAGCCUCGGAUUCCGGUAGUGGCUCAUGUUGAGUACGUACCAGCAUGCAGCAGCUCUUGCAUGGCGAGUGGCUACAGGGAGAGACGGGGAGGGAGGCGAUGUCCCCCUCUAAUCCUUUCCAAGUUUCAUAAGAGCUACUAAUUUUUUUAGCUAAUCAUAACAUAAAUAGUGUAAAAUACUUUCUAACAACCCUCUUAAUCUAAUUUGCCCCUUUCAAAUUCAAAUCCUGGCUUCGCCCUGUGCUUGCUUCACCAUAACAAGUAACAAAUGACAUGUCCAAAGUUGCGCUCGAUCUCAACAAGGCAACAAAAUCUGCGUCAAGACGAUCUACGAGGACAAUAUAGGCUUCCUCCAGACAAGCAGACAGCUAUUACUUGCUGCUAAUAUUGCCUAUUGUCAUGUACUUACUCCGCUCUUUUUUAUUUAUCAUGUUUUAAUUUAAAAAUAAACUAGCCGUACCGAUAAAUAUUCGAGAACUGGUCACUUACCAUGCAGCAUACACGCAGAUGCAAAUAGGCUAGAACCUGGCUGCUGAGUGCUGCCCUCCUCGACCUAGACCGUGUCUCCUUAUAACCUCCUCGUACGUCUGCGCUCGCUCGUCGUCUCGGCUCGGCUCAACUCUGUUCUCCAGCAGAAAAGGCAAGGACGAAGAAUAUGGCAGCGACGGUGGUGACGACGACGACGAGCAAGGCAGCGAGGACGAAGAGCGGCCUGAUCUCGAGAAUCCUGCAGCGGUGCAAGUCCGGGCUGAGCGUCGGGUCCGGGCGGUCGCCGUCGCCGUCGGGGUGCUUCCCCGUGUACGUGGGCCCCGGGCGGGAGCGGUUCGUGGUGCGCGCCGAGUGCGCCAACCACCCGCUGUUCCGGCGCCUCCUGGACGACGCGGAGCGCGAGUACGGCUACGCGGCGCAGGGCCCGAUCGCGCUGCCCGACUGCGGCGUCGCCGCCUUCCUCGACGUGCUGUGCCAGAUGGAGCGCGCCGGCGCCGACGGAGAGGUCGCCGUCGCUUCCACGCCGAUAUGCGGCAUGAACAGCGGUAGCAAGGGCCGCGCCGCCGGGUACCGGAUGCUGUUGUCGCCGGUGAAUGGUUGGUGGAAGGAGGUGAGAGCGAACAGAAAGAAAAGAUUAGCCACUAACACAUCACAUAUGGGGGUCGAUGCUAAUCAUGGUUAG